GAGACCCCCGAGUCGUUUUGUUCGUGACGGAUAAAUUCUUGAAUGUGGUCACUCUCACAUGAAUUUUACACAAACUGAAAAUUUGGCCUAAAGUCAGUGGUGGUCGACCCGUACAGCAGAAUCUUUUCUCGUUAAGUUGAUCUUGGCUGAAAAUUGUCACACCGAUGCUACGGUAUCACCAGUAAAAUUGACGGAGCAAACCAUUGGUUCCUGCUGACAUAGAGCCACAACGUGCAACAUUCACCAGGCCUCUCUGUAGUCGAGAUGUCUGUGCUGCCUCCCCAUUCUGUCUGCUACAUAUCCGACUGGGCCAUUACAGUUGUUUUGUUGUUGUUGUGCUUUUUAGAGUACAAUUGACAAAGAUUUCUCGGUGUUUGCACCAAUUCCUUUUCCUCCAGAAGUAGUCUAAGUCGUUAUAAAGUUCUUUCAGCUUUUUCUGUUGCAAUUUUUGUGAAAUUUGUCUUAGAGUGGCAGGUCUGGUACGAAUAUACUGCUCAUCUCCUUUUGCAUUGCCAUGUGCUGAUGUAUGGUUUUCACCUGGUUCCUUCCGAUAUAUUCUAUCAAAGCAAGUUCCCCUUUUACCUUUAAUAGAUGUGUUGGGGCCGACAAUGUACACGUUAAUGGUACCGGUACCCGUUUCCUAGACAUUUUAGCGCCUUUAGAGAUGCAUAAUAAUUAAUACCGCUGUAUUUUGAGCAAGUGUUUGGAAUUCAGCUGUGGAACUAAAGGAGCGUAGGUUCUUUUGCUUUUCUUUUUCUUGUGAAAUUGAACCUCUAUAGUGGUGGUAGCAUAAAAGUCAUAUUGGGGAUGGCAGAAUAGGGAUGGCAAAAUACGGUCGAAAGGUGGCAGAUUAGGGAUGGCAAAAUAGGGUCGAAAAGUCAAAUUGGGGAUGGCGAAAUGCGGUCGAAGCGUGGCAGAUCUAUUUCUACGAUUCUCCGAAUUCGUCGAAUUUGUGAUUUGAAAAUAUACAUUUUCUUUGUGACCGGUUGGAAUUUCAGAUAACGCCGUGCCUAGUUCAUAACGGUCAAAGACUUAAAGAAUAUUUUCCAAGCUUAGAAAUCCUCUGUUUGGCAGAGCAACGGCUCUAUUUUUUGAUGCUUCGCAUGCAUCACAUAUAGGAUUUGAUAUGUCACAAGUCUGCAAUUGUAACACGUUUAGUUUCAUAUUUCAUUGCUGUAGCAACCUGUUCGUUUUCGCUCUUCGACUCGUCUAAUAUUAAAUUGUCAUCAUUACCAAAUUUUUAUGAGUCCGAUAGUAUAGGGGGAAUCUGGAAUUGAAAUCGUUUUUUUUUUUUGUACUGGUUCUUCGAGGAGUGGAGUGGUACAAAAUGAUUUGUUUUAAAAUCUUCGGCUGUUGGUGGAAUCGUUAUUUGGUCAUCGUUCACUGUCGUUUUUGACUGUUGCAUGGCUCUGACGUCACGGCCACGAACCGUUCUUGUGGAAGGCUGACUCAAGAAAAUGUUGGCGCACGUUUGUGUGUAAUAGGAUUGAAUGGGAGCCUUGAUAACUGCACUCAAGCCAUACACCUGCAUCAUUUUUGAGAAACACCCAUCUGUUCGAGCUGAAUGUACCAAAUCCAAAUAUUUAGACAUCACAACUCGAUUAUCAUCAAUCUGGUUUUUGAAAGUGGGACAUUUCGUGUCGUAAAACUCUGAAUGUUCUAAAAUUCCAAUUGCUGUCAGGAGGCAUAAAUGCUUGUGAUAGUUUUGUGUUCCAUAUAUCAGUAUAUCGUGGCGGAGGAUCAACUGAAGAACCCCCCCCCCCCUCCCCCAGGGUACCCAACUGAAGAAUCUCCACCCCAAGUUAGACCAAUUGUAGAAUCUCCACCCCAACUAAGACCAUCUAACCUCACCAAAUAAUUUGUCCAGGUCAAAUGAAGGAUCAACUGGUAUUCACCAGGUCGAAUAAAGGAUCUGGUAUUAUCCGCUCAGGUGGUUUGGGGGAGGGGGGUUCUCUUGUUGGAAAACGGGACUCAGGCGGGUCCGUAAGGGAGAUUUUUCAGUUGAUCCGAGGUGGAUACUGCUCUGUAUAAGCAAUUUCCAUCCCCUUCCACGUACAGACAUACCUUGGAGUGAAGUUAUCCAGCAUGAUUGGAUGAAAUCUUUGCAAAAUACUUUUUGACACUGAACAUUCUUUCAAAAAAUGUUCAGACUGUGGUGCUUCAGGAAGGAUAUUUUGAUGGUUGUCCAAUAAACACUUCAUCGAUUUGGUCAGAUAAAAAAGAUCUUCCAACAGCCGUAACCGUAACGCUAUAUCGUAAUUGAACUCUUGAUAUGGGCAUAAGCAUCUUGCACAUAAAAUGUGUUUCUUGCCCCUUCUAUCAUGACUUUUGGUUGUUCCCCAAGGCAAGAAGCAUGUGUCCAUGACUCACACAUUUCAGACUGGAUGCACUCGUCAAUGCAUUCAGUAGAACAGGUGGCACAGGGAUAUAAUUGGCCCAUGACACAAAUAUUAGUAGAGAAGGGCGAUCUUUGUGACAGUUCAGUACUUUGUUUUCCUGUUCUAAUUCUUACUUGUGCAUGCAAGAUGUUGUACCCUUCACCAUUUUUCUAUGAACUUCUACAAUGCUAGACUGUACUAAAAUGAAUUUAAUUUACAGAUGGAAUUUCACAAGCAUAUUUGUUUUAUCAAUAACACAAUUUUAAACAGCAAUUUAUUGAGUGAAGAAGAUGUUUCCUUUUUAACUAUGAAUUGUCCUGAAAUUUUGCUACCAGCAAGCAGGAACACGGAGUAUAUUACAAGAAAAUAUCCUUUGAAAAUGUCAAAUUGCAACGUUACAAAUAUGAAUAAAUUAGUGUCACGUGUGGUCGCAUUGAGCAAGCAACUGCUACUACCUGCUGUACAUAUCUACUAUCGUCUUCUCGUGAUAAUUGGCAGUCGAGUAGCAUACACAUACAUGGACGAAGUUGAUGUUCACUUUCCUAUCUUAUGACUAUUAUCAGUAGCCUGUUUCUUUUUUGUUCUUAUUUCAGUUCCGUCUUCCAGGUUUCUUCAUUGUUUUAUUGUCUUCUUGAGUAUUUCCCUCGCAGUAUUUGAUAGUGGAAGACACUGGGUUCAUAUAACAGUUUUUACUUUUGUGGCCAUUUUCAUAUCACAAAAGUUUUUUUUUCGAAAAGCGAAUCAACCAUAUCAUGAUAAUGCAAUCUUCCUGAAAAGUUUGAUUGAAACAAAUAUUGAUCAUCAGAAGGUUUUAAGAAGGUGCAUUCGAUUCAUACAAGACAAUGAAGUUGCCGCGAUGGGAUAUACAUUAAUAUCAGGCAAUACCCCAAUCAGUCGGUUGGAGAGAAGCAAACAGAAAUUUGUGAGAGAAUGCAUGCAACUACGUUAUGAAGUAUUCAAAUCUGCUACUAAUUUCGCGCUAUUAUAUCGGAAUGAAACUUUGGAUAUUUUAGGGGAAUCUAAUGAUUUUAAAUUUACCUCUGAAAUAUGUCAGAUUCCUCUCGAGGAACUUGGGCCAUGUUUUGACCAGAAUACCUCUAUGGAACACAUCACAAAUGUGACUGACAAUUUCUGCCUUGAUAUAUUACGAGAUGUUGUCAGAUUCAUGUUUCAACAGCGUUCUGAAUUUUUGAAGAAUUUAGUAGUGAAAAUAAAUAAACUGAAUUGUAAUGAAAACACUGGCUUAAAUGAUCAUUUAUCAAACUUGUUUCAAACAUUUUCACCUUUGAAGAUAUCAUGCGAUGAAGCUUCUAAACAUUUAAUAAAAGUUUACAACGCGCAUUUGAAUGUUGAAAAUGAUUUGAAAUCUGGUAGCCGGAUGGAGAAUACUAAAGAUUCCACAUCCAGGUCCAUGCUCAACAUUUCUCUUCACAGCAUUCAAGUUCACCUAAGAUCAGCACUACAAGUUGCAAUUGAAGCUGAACAAAAUUGUGAUGAAGCUGAUGAAGAUUUUAACUUAUUGUUGAAAGACAAACUCCUGCCUCAGGUUCAAAUUCAUGUUGAUGCUACUAAUCAAUGUAUAGCGGAAACUUUAAAAUGUCUCGAACCUGUUUUAAAAGAAAAUAAUAUUCCAAAAAUCAGACCUAAUUCUGAUUCCAUGUCAAACUCAAAAUCACUAAUUGACGAGUCUUCGCUCAAUAAUCAGGAUGAAAUCAGGGAAGAUCAGGUAUUUGAGGCGACCACUGAAGACCUGGAGAACGAUGAUACUGAUAAAAUUGAUAAUGAUACAGAGUUCCAGAAUAUGCGCAAGAAGAGAAUUGAAGAAACCACUCAUGUUAUGAAAGAACUUAAAUCCGUACUUCAUAUGAAAACUUCAGUGGAAGAACGGGAAAUUCGAAAACAAAAACUGUUUCCAAAUUAUAUACCAAAGACUGAUAAUUUUGUUAACAUAUGCGGCAAUGAAUCUUCAACUUUGAUGUCUUCCACACUACCAGACAUGAAAACGACUGCCGAUCUUAGGGGUAUUACACAUGUAGAAAAUAUUUCAAGUGGAUGCUUCAUGGCUGAAGGGGAAUUGCCCGCUUCAAGUCACACUCUGUUAAAAUUGCCACGGAGACCCUCGAUACCAGGAAGAACUAAAAGAAAAAAAUCGCAUAUCCGAAGGAAACAAUUUCAGCCUUCUACACGUGACAAUAGGUUUCAGGAACAGGCGAUUAGUGGAGACGAUGGCGAUAGUGAAUCUGAUAAAAGCGUUGUACAUCUCAGCUUUGGCUUUUCUUCAUCGAUAGCCUCUCAAGUUGCUAAGGUUGCUUCGGAUUCAUCAUUCAAAGUUUUUGCUGAUUCAGCAGGAGUUGGGGUGCAGAAGAGAAGUUUGGUUGGCGAAGAAACUACUUUUGGUGAUUCUGAUUCAGAUUCUUGAUUUCUUCAAUAAAUUUAUUUGUAAAUUA